AUAUUAUAUUAUCCUCAUUUUAAAGAAUAUAUUUCUCGAAACCCCGACAAGCUAAGUUUUUACAGCGAUUAAGCUUCACAUCUGUUAUUACGUAAAUACACCGAAACUUUAACCUAAUCUAAGGCUUAAAGAGGAGGUUUCUAAGCGAUAUAUUUUUUGACGUCACCACGAAAGCGUAAAUCAGGAAACGCACGUAGGAUGUAAUCGUGAAGUCCACGAAUUAUGUUACUUAUUAGGCUUAUGGGGGUUUCUCUUCCAUAUUAUUAUUGUUCAAAUAAGCGUAUUAUUCAUAAGUAAUACUAAUGGUUUGAUGCAAAAAUAAGAUUUCGGUAUGGAAUUUAAAAACGUUGUUUUUAAUGCAGCACGUGAUGGGAAAUACCAUCGUUUGAAGGUGUUUCUGGACAACAGACCAAAAGAAGAAAUUCAGAUGUUGGUGUCAGCUCCAACUAAUGGUGCAACACCUUUGGUGGUAGCUUCUCGUAAUGGUCACGUAGAAGUAGUAGAGUAUCUUAUUGCAAAAUGUGGUGCAGAUAUAGAACAAGUUGGUUCAGUGACAUUUGAUAAUGAAACAAUAGAAGGUGCACCAGCACUAUGGUGUGCUGCUGCUGCAGGCCACCUAGCCAUCGUAAAGUCUCUAAUAAGCCAUGGAGCUUGUGUCAACAGCACCACAAAAACAAAUUCAACUCCUCUUCGUGCAGCAUGUUUUGAUGGACAUUAUCAGAUUGUGGAAUAUCUAGUGGAAAAAGGAGCUGAUAUUGAAAUAGCAAAUCGGCAUGGACACACUUGUCUUAUGAUUGCAUGCUAUAAAGGACAUCUAAAGAUUGCAAAAUUUCUGGUUGAACAUGAAGCUCAGACUAACAGAAAAAGUGUGAAAGGAAAUACAGCUCUUCAUGAUUGUGCAGAAUCAGGCAGUCUGGAAAUUUUAAAGUUACUUCUCCAGCAUGGUGCCAAAAUGGAUGUUGAUUCAUAUGGAAUGACACCACUUCUGGCAGCUGCUGUAACAGGUCAUACUGCUGUGGCUGAGUACUUGAUUUCACUUUCUAGUUGCAACAGAAAAGAAAAAAUUGAUGCUCUUGAGUUGCUUGGAGCCACAUAUGUUGAUAAAAAGAGAGAUAUGAAAGGGGCUUUAGACUUAUGGAAAAGAGCCAUGGAGGAAAGAUAUAGGCUCCCAUUCAUGAAUAAACUCGUACGCCCCCAUUCAGUUCCAGCAUAUAAUAAUGCUGUAGAGGUAGAUAGUGCCGAAAAGCUAGAUAAGUUAAUUUGUGAUCCAGAUGAAAUGCGGAUGCAAGCCCUUCUUGUGAGAGAGCGAAUUCUCGGUCCCGCUCAUCCCGACACUUCCUACUACAUUAGAUACAGAGGUGCAGUUUAUGCAGACACAGAUAACUUUGAACGCUGUAUUGGUCUGUGGAUGUAUGCUCUUGACAUGCAGCAAAAAAUUCUUGAACCUCUAAAUCCUAUGACUCACAGCAGUUUGGUGUCAUUUGCAGAGCUGUUCUCCUUCAUGAUGUCUGAUACAUGGGCAAACAGAAGAAGAUGUGGGCCAUCUGUUGCCUUCUAUGAUAUACAGUGUGUUUUUCACAAGGCUUUAAAGGAAAUUGAAGCUGCACUGAACCAUAUGAAGAAAAUGCAGCCUGCAGAAAGGGAGUCAAACAAUUUUCAUCGAACUUUGGUAAUAGUCAUGCAUCUGAUUGGUCUGUUAUGUCGCUUACAGCCUCAUCUGAGUCUUGAAGAAGAAAAUAAUUUGAAACGAUCGGUCUAUAAACUUGUGAAAUUGGGUCCUCGAGGAUGUAAUGGUCUAACUCCAUUACAUCUUGCCUGCCUCAGGGAGUCGUCAAGUUUAGGAAGGUAUCCUGUAUGUACCUUUCCAUCUCCAGAGGUUGUGGAACUAUUAUUAGAAGUUGGAGCAUCACCUAACAUUGUAGACAAUGAUGGUAACACUCCUUUACAUAUAACUGCUCUCAACAAACCUAGUGCUCACAGAAUUUUCAAAACACUUCUCAACUAUGGAGGCCACUUGGAUGCAUGUAAUGCCAAAGGGAAAACUGCUCUAGACCUGACUCAUAGCAUUGCUCUACUUGAUGUAUACCCAGUGCGUCAUUUAACCUUGAAGUGUCUAGCUGCAAGUGUCAUAAAGAAAUAUGACCUGCCUUUUAAAGAUCUUAUCCCUCUUAACCUGGUUGAUUUUGUAUUAACUCACUAAUCAUCACUGGAACUCUAUUUUAGAUAGCUAUGAAACUAUGGUAUGAAAAUAAUGCAGUUAUUGUGCCUGUUGCGAAUGAAGUCUUAACCAUAACUGUGCAUUAGAUACUUCUUCUAUCAUUCAUAGAUGUUUUCUUUAACUCGUUGAAAGUUGCAUACGACAAGUGUGUGUAACUUUUUCAAAAUUAUUAAAAUUUAUUAUUAUUUUUUAAUAAUUAAUACCUUACACAUUAGUUUUGUCCUAAUAAGUUUUUGUAGCUUAAUUUUCUAGUCUACUUGUGUAGUAAAUAUAACAUAAAAAAUUUGUAAUCUCUGCAAAUACUUGUACAAAGGAUCUUUUAUUUUGCCAAUCUAUUUAGUAAUAAUUGCUUAUUUAUGAAGAAUUCUUUGUAAAAUGCCUUAAGAAAAUAAUUGAAAAAUAUUACUGCAUACACUGUGUAUUCAUUUGAAUUUGUUUUAUUCUAUUAUCCACUGUACUUUAAUACAAAGUACUUUAAAGAACAUUAUGGUCUAAGCAUUGUUAUUAUUGUUUUUGUGCUUCCUACAGCACUACAGUAUAUGAACAUAGUGUUUUGCAUGGAGCUUAUUUCAGCAAAUUAAUUUUAUUGAGAUUCACUUGUGAGGUGUUUAAGGCUUAACAAGGAUUUCUUGAAAAGCCAUGGGUUUGAUUUUGUAGGAAUACAAAGGUUGAAAAGGGGCUUAUUUUCUGAUGCCUUGAUACGAUAUUAAUCAAGAAUAAAAUUUUUUGUAAUGUAUUUAAGUUUACUUUUCUGCCAAAAUAUAUUAAUGGUUAGUUGAUUUUCAUAUUGUUGGCAAAUAUCCUUUUAUUUAUGAUGGUGAUUUGGGUUAACUUUUUUUUUGUGAAAGCAAGAUAACAGUAGCCUUUCUCUUUGAAAGAGUUUUCUUAAUUUUCACACCAAUCUUUUAAGUUCAGUUCUAAUAUACAUAUAUUUUAUUAUUUGUCUCGUAGUAGGUUUUGAAUACCUGAAUAGAUAUUUAGAAAGAACAUUUGUGGAGUUUUCUCAUUGAUGAUAAAUGUAAAAAUAGAUGAUUAAGCAUAUACUGACCGUAACAUAUCCCUUCAAGACGUAUUUUUGCAGUACAGGUUCCAUAAAUCAUCAUUCUGCUUGAGACAAGAACAUUUGGCAGCUUUGUUUCAAAACUGUCUCUAAACAAACAGCUUUAUUAAUGAAGGCCCCCAGUCGUAUGCACUUACCGCUGUUACGGAGUAAAAGACCAUAUUAAAAUGUUGUGUUUUAUUUUCUCACACAGCUGUUGUAUAACCUGAUGGGCAACUUCUUACAGAUUGAAGUUUGGAAAGCUUUAAAAGGGUUAGGGGAAUGAAAUAAGUUUUAUGUUUUGAAAACUGCCAUUUAUAUUUGCCUAAAUAUGUAGUUGUAUCAUUGCCCAAAUUAAUACUAUUAGAUAACAUACUAACUGAAAAAUAGAAUAUUAAUGCUUGAAAGGACAGCCCAAAAUAACUGUAUAAAAUAAAAGUAAUCUUCCCAUGAUGGUUUGUUUAAAUUAGGUAUGGAGAUUAGUGUAAAUUCCUAGUUUGUGUGACUUGAUUUUCUAAUUAAUUGCUAUGUAACAAGUUAAUAAAUACUGCUAGAAACACA